AACAUCGAGACAUGGUGCCCUCUGGAAGAAAACAUACCGGGAAAUCUGGGAAGACAUCCAUGGAAGAUCAGGUUAUAAGAGGCUAUGACUUUGAGAAAGCAGAUAAAAAACAUCUGAGUGGUUCAGAGGAGGAUGUCACUGAAGGGAAGACUCCAGUACUUGAUAAACAUGGGAAAAAGAGGACUUCUGCAGGAAUAGUUGAAGACAUGGGGGGUGAAGUACAGAAUAUGCUGGAAAGAUUUGGAGCUGAUAUUAACAAGGCUCUUCUUGCCAAGAGAAAAAGACUAGAAAUGUAUACCAAGGCUUCUCUCAAAACCAGUAACCAGAAAAUUGAAAAUGUUUGGAAAACCCAACAAGAGCAAAGGCAGAAGCUUAACCAAGAAUAUUCUCAGCAGUUUCUGACUUUGUUCCAGCAGUGGGAUAUAGAUGUGAAGAAAGCUGAGGAACAAGAAGAAAAACUAGCUAAUAUGUUUCGACAGCAACAAAAAGUUUUUCAACAGUCUAGAAUUGUUCAGAGCCAGAGACUGAAAACAAUUAAACAAUUAUAUGAGCAGUUCAUAAAGAGUAUGGAGGACUUGGAGAAGAAUCACGAUUAUCUACUUACUGGUGCACAAAAUGAACUUAGAAAAGAAAUGUCUAUGUUGCAAAAAAAAAUUAUGAUGGAAACGCAGCAGCAAGAGAUGGCAAGUGUUCGAAAGUCUCUUCAAUCCAUGUUAUUCUGA